CUUAAUCUUUAUAUAAACACAGACCUCAGUUAAUUAAUCGUCUCGGAGGGAUAACCAACAGCGACCUUUGGCAACCCUUAUAUCGUCGUGACAACAUUCCUUGCUUCGUCCAGUCGCUACCAAAACACGAACCAUCACAACCACCCCCAUGUUCUUGCGUUCCCAGUAUUCCUGCGAACCCCGCCCAAGAGCACAACGCAGCUCCCUCACGGCUUAGAACAGUGACGCUAAACCACAUGUAGUACUAAAUGGAACUGCGUGAUUGUGAAGGGAAGAAGUGGAAUUGGUCAGAGGAUAUUCGCGGAUUAUAUCGAUUCCCAAGUUGAUAUGCCGAGGUGGUGGUGGUGCUGGUGGUGGUGGCGGCGGGGAUCUCGUCGGUUUGCUACGGAGGGCAUGACCAGGACCAGCCUCGGCCACGUCUGAGGCUUUGAACAUACAUACCACCAGCCCUGCUGUUGGUGUGCAGCUUCGUCAGUGCCAUGAGGGCGGGCGGAGGGCGGCCACCAUCACCCUACAACCGGGCGACUGUUGUCAAGGCCUGCCGACGCUCCCAGGACAGACGACACGGCACGGACGGCUGUUGUGUCGGCGGGCGAGGCGGGACGUGGUCGUCGUGGCAGCCAUUAGCGACCAGACCGUCCCCAGCCACGCCACAGGAACUCAGAGUGCAUUCUAACUAGUGAAGAGUGAUUUUUUUAGAAAUUGCUGGAAACUUCUGAGUGUUGGAAAAUAUUUACUGACAAGAAAGUAAACCGUGUCAGGAUAUCUACUGAGGAAAAGGGGAGUGCGUGAGCGUACUCCUAAAGUGUUUGUGUAUAACUUACUCCCUGGCAGUGGACAGGUGGCUUGGCGAACAUGUGCGAGGGUUACGUGUUGAGUUCAUGGGAGGUGGUGGACGUUAACCGCGUGAACGGGUCGUUGAAGCUGCGGCCAGUAUGGACCAAGUGCCCUGAGGACCCUGGGCCCAUUAUUGCGGGCGUGUUCCUCUCUUUGGUGUUCGUGGUCGCCUUCUUGCUCAACAUGAUGGUGGUGGUGACCGUGGCCACCAGCUACACCCUCAAGCGCUACCUGUACUGCCACCUGCUGCUCAACCUGUGCCUCACCUGCCUUGUGGACUGCUUCCUUAACCUGAGCAUCGCCAUAGUCUACGUCACCACCGCGCCGUGGAGGUUCGGCUACGCGGUGAGCUACAUCAACGGCUUCACAAUAAACCUUAUGAACAGCGAAAUGGCCUUUGUUGUAGUGCUGGUGGCGGGGGACAGAAUGGCCGCCGCCAGAAGGAACUCUUCCUUCCUCAACAUGAAAAAGUACAAAAUGUGGAUAGCAGUGAGUCUGACGUGGCUAGCGGCUCUGCUUCUGGCUGGCCCGCUGCUGCUGGGACACGUGAUCAGCAUGCCCUACCGCAACAGGUACUCGUGCUCGGUGGCUGACCCGCAGGACAAGUACUACCUGAUCGCCCACGUGGUGCUGGUGGUGGCGGUGCCCACGGUGGCGUUGCUGGUAAUGGCCGUCCUGGUGGCACGCACCUUCCACCGUGAACGCAGGAAGCAGAGGAGAGUGAAGAGCAGCCAGACGAUGGGUUAUUUUGACCAGAUCCUCAUGACGCCCUACUUCAGAAACGAGUUCUAUCCCACCCUGGCGGCGGGAGGCAUUGUGUGCGGCUACUUGUUCUUCUGGCUCCCCUUCACUACCCUCACCACUAUCAGUCCCAUCAUAACUGACCACUGGGUCAACGACACCUCCUCUGAUAACAGUGACGACCCAUCCACUCUCUUCGUUCCUUCCCUGCGCGUGAUGACGCAGGCAAAGGCCAUGCUGGAUCAGGGACAGAUACACGCCCUCAACUCCACCGCCAACCAUCUCGGAUCCGAUAUGUCGUCGACCAACCUUACCGUGGAGGAUCACCUCAUCCCGGAGGUGGUGAAGAGCCCCGCCUUCGACACGGUGGCCGUGUGGCUUCGCUUUCUCUACACCGUGUUAGUGCCAUCGGUUGUGUUCCUCACUCUGCGGGACGUGCGGCUCAAGUGUGAGAGCCUCAUCUUGUGUUGCAGACCCAGCUCAGUGGACGCCGCAUCCCCUAAACCCUCACGUCCCCUGUACGCCAGCAGACAGGACAACCAGGGCGGCAGAGGCACCGCAAAGUCCAGCAAGAAGAACAAAAGUGGUAACAAGGACACAAUCAACUUCAAUACGCCCAUCCUUUUCUCCACCUCCGACGGUCUGCACAUCCGGACAGUGGAGGAAACCUAUCAGGGCAUGGUGAAUAAGCCGGUGGCGGCCUUCCCCUGGUCCGCUACCUCCGAGCAGGAGCCCAAGUUUACGUACAAAAUCUGUGACCUCGUCUUGGGACAUGAAGACCUCAUUGACUUUGAUGGCAAGUUUCAUAUCGACGACAACUAUGACUAUGAAAUAGAUCACGAGGCGGUGGGGCUGGGAGAGGAACAUUCCGUUGUUCUGGGGGCACACCGCGCUGCGAUGGGCCAGAAAGCACCGCCAGUUCCCUCAGCUGAAGACGAAGGAGAAGGAGAAACCCCUGCGAGACGUGGAUCUGUGAAAGUCAACUACCGACCGCCUACGCCGCCACGCGUGCAAGUUAUGGGCAACGAUCACGCUAAGAACAUAGGCGAAGCUUUAGAGAACUAUGACAAGAACAAGAAGGGGAGAAAGGUUGUGAGAUUUGCUACGAUGCUCAAUCAGGAGAUCCCUCGCCCCUCCUCUGUCCAAAGUUCUGUCCUCAAUUCAUCUGCCAACAGUUCGCGUUCCAGUGACUCCGGGAUCCUGGCGGACUCAGAGGCGGUGGCUCCUGCUCCGACUUGGGUUCCGGCUCCGGCUCCGGCUCCGGCUCCGGCUCCGGCUCCCUCUGCUGCCCAGUUACUUGCGAACAGAGAUGCAUUCUUUUCUGAACGGAAAACUAAUGUAAAACCAAGAUUUUCCCGGAAACCUCCAGCGGGCCCCAAAAAGUCGCGGAAGCCAGGACCGGCGGGCGGGGCAGGGCGUGGCGGCCGGCGAGGCGUGGUGAGCAAGAGGGUGAAGGGCAUCAAGAGCCGCCACCUGCCCCCAGUAGCUCGAUCGCCCGCUGUCCCGCCACGAAGGUUUUCCACACCUCAAGACGGGUCAAGACAAGGAGGCGCGGCGAAGUGAUCACCGCCAAAGGGUUCGAGGAGGAGCGUCCCUCCCAGCACCAUGCAUCAAGAGGUGGACCCACAUAGCUGUCUAAGAACCGCUGCUUCCGUCAGGGGCCACGAAAGACACAUGUUGGAGACCUUAAUACACUGCAGGACGGUGACGAGUAAGACGAGGUGUAGAUGAUGGUGUGUGUGUGUGUGUGUGUGUGUGUGUGUGUGUGUGUGUGUGCGCGCACUCUCACCACUGCAGGUAUAGUUUUGAGUAAGUCACAUCGAAUCGGUGGGUCGUAACUAUGAAUGUUGUUUAGUUAUGAUGAAUACGUAAAAGCUCAGACGAACCCGUUAGUUGUAAACGAGGUCCAGAUGAGUUGGUAAAUAAAGAGGAUAAAUA